UUAUAUAACUCCUAAUUUUGAAUUAAAAGAAGUCACUUUAGCAAUUAAAAAUCUCUCAUAUCCUCAUACUGGCAACCAUAUUCAAGAAGCAUUAGAAAUGAUUAUAUUUGAUUGGAAUAUUAAAGAUAAAGUAUUUUGCUGCACCAUGUACAACAGAAAAAAUAUGAAAAAAGCACUAAGCCAAAUCACUUGGCUUAAAGGGGUCUUAUGUAUGGCACAUACGAUUGAGUUAACCAUUGGAAAAAAAAUAUUGCCAGCCAAAGUUCUAAUCACAAGAGCAAAAAGACUAAUAACCUUUUUUACUUGCCCUAAACAAAAUAAAAGAUUAAUUAAUGUUCAAAAACAAUAUGCUUUGAGUACAAAUAUGGUAGAUGAAUCAAUUAAUGAAUCACAAUUAGUUUUUUAUCAUGCUCUUAUCGACUGUGAAACAUGUUGGUCAAGCACCUUCAAUGCAUGGAGUUGUUUGUUAAUUUUAAAGCCGUUUAUUGAUAUUAUUUCCACAGCCAAGAAUGUUAAUAAUAUCCAUUUGCUUGAAGAGAGCCAAUAUUCAACUGUAAGCUAUAUAUACUCCAUGAUACAAAAAAUUAAAGCAAGAUUAAGUGUUUUUUUUGACUCUAGUGAUGAAGAUAAUGACAAUCAAGAUGAAUUGGAGAAUGCAUUUGAAAAACUGCAAAUCGAAGACAAUGUAGAAGAUGAACCUAAAGCAAACCAAAAAAUCAAAAUCAAAAUUAAUAAUCUAGUUAAUAUAGUUGAAUUAAUUGAUAUGAUUAAAGGUAAACUUUAUCAAGCAAUGAACUAUUAUUAUGAAGAUUUGGAGCUUGAUGGUCUUGUUGCUUCGCUCUUGGAUUCCUGUUGGAAAAAUCUAUCGUUUAUUACUGAAUCAAAAAAAAAAGAAGCAAUUAAUGAAUUGCAUCAACUGUAUAAUGAGGAAAUUUCUAAAAAUCACAUAUCUGAAAGACAACAAAACAAACUCUUACAAAAAAAAUCAAGAACAAAAGUAUAUGGUGAAAGUUUGUUAGAUUCUUGUAGCUAUGACAUUAACAAAGUCGAUAGAUAUUUUGCAUUGCAAGAAAUUUCAAAAGAUUAG